GCUCGGCGGCGGAGGCGGCGGCAGCGGCAGCGGUUGUUCCUGCCUCUCCGCCACCUCCACCGCCGCCUGUCCUUCGGCCGGCGGCGUUGGCGGGGAGGGGGACAGUAGUUGUAGAUCCCGCCCCUGCCUCAGCGAAGAUACUAUAUUGAAUGAAGGAAGACUGAAUUUACAGGUGCUUCUUCUAAAAGGCAUCUGUGGAGUAGUGCUCCAGUUUCAAUAAUAAAAGAUUGUCCAUUAUGAGCUACCUGAUUGUUGCACAGUCUCACUAUUUGAGGGUAGUUCAUGCUGAAAAACUGAAGCAAGUACUAGAUAAAUAUGAUCAGAUCUCUCCAGCCAGUCCUCAGCCUGACAGAGAGAAUCCCUUUUUGUCAACCUAAUGAAGCAUUCAAAGUCAUAUGACUCUUUUCAAGAUGAACUUGAAGAUUAUAUUAAAGUGCAGAAAGCCAGAGGCUUAGAGCCAAAGACUUGUUUCAGAAGGAUGAGGGAGGACUACUUGGAAAGCUGUGGGUACAGGGAAGAAGUUGAUCCCAGACCCAGGUAUAGAAUGUUUGAUCAAAGACUCCCGUCUGGAACUGUCCAGACUUACCCAAGACCACACAAUAUUUCACAAACAGAAAACCGGUUACCUCAGUGGUUCCCAGUUCAUGACAACAGGCCAAGACUAGAAUCUCUGAGCUACUGUCAGUACCGUAGAGACUGUUUCUCUGAAAAACCAGCGCCCCUGAACCUCAGCCAGCAAGCAUAUAAUCACAGUUCAGCCAGCACAGACGCUGGAAGUCCCGAGCACCUCUCCUCGGGAGCCAGGACUGGUGCCCAUCCAGCCAGUCAUCAGAAAAGGAGGAGGCACCCAGAGGAAGGCAAAGAGAAACCAAAGGAGGAGCGACCCAAGCAUAAGAGGAAAAGAGGUCUUGAGGUGGAUUUGGAAGAACAUGAGAGCAUCCAAAGAAAGAAAACUGAGAUGGAAACAGACGCUGCACAGGGCGGUACAGAAAAGCCUAAGCAUCGAAAGGAGAGGAAAAGCCGAGAGCUGGCCUCUAAGAAGGAGGACCGGAAGCGCAGAAAAGAGAAAAAGGAGCAAGGCGAAGAAAGAACGGAGGAAGAAAUGCUUUGGGACCAGUCUAUCCUUGGAUUUUGAAGCUCUGUGGUUGGUUCUCCUAAGGUUAAAAUUGAAAAAAUAGCUAAGGAGCUUGGUUUUGUGAUAUGCAUGUUCAUAUCACUCAUGUGAGCAGGUAGUUGAGUUCUAACAAAGGCCAG